AUGUCGGGCUCUGGACGAAAGGACUUCGAUGUGAAACACAUCCUGCGACUCCGCUGGAAACUCUUCAGUCACCCGUCCCCGUCCCCGGGCGGCCCGGCGGGGGGCGGCUGCUUGCAGCAGGACGGCAGCGGCAGUUUCGAGCAUUGGGGACCCAGCCAGAACCGCCUGCUCAAAAGCCAAGAGAAGGGCAGCGUGAGCACAUUCUGGAAGAAGCCUUCUUCUUCUUCCUCCUCCACUUCGUCUUCCUCCCCAUCCUCUUCCUCCUCUCCCUUCAACCCACUGAAUGGCACCCUGCUGCCGGUGGCCACGCGGCUGCAGCAAGGGGCGCCCAGGCAGGGCACCCCACCGCCUGCCAGGACUCUCUUCUACGUUGAGUCCCUAGAGGAGGAGGAAGUGCCCGGCAUGGACUUUUCUGGGCCGCACGAAAAAGGGCUGGUCCUGCAGGAGCUCAAAGUGGAGCCGGCCAACUCGAGCCAGGCAACAGGUGAAGGCUGUGGACACAGGCUGUCAGCAACUAGCCAUUCAUUGACAACUCAAAGUGAUUUGGACUCCAGCAGCUCUGAAGAAUUCUAUCAGGCUGUUCACCAUGCUGAGCAAACCUUCAGGAAAAUGGAAAGUUACUUGAAACAACAGCAGCUCUGUGAUGUUAUCCUGAUUGUAGGGAACCGCAAGAUACCUGCACACAGACAACUCAAACAACAACAACAAAAAGAGCUCCAGCAGGUUCGGGGGGUGGUAGUACUGGUGGAGGAUGGCCUGGCUGAGCUGGGCACCUCUGGCCCAGGAGGGGAUGGGCUUCCGGGGAUGCGACUCAUCAUCGGUGGAGUCAUCGCUGUUCAGGUCCAUCCCGUAGUUGUCCGGGUUGAUCUUGGGGGGAGCCCUAUGCCCCUGUGGCGUCAUUUGAUAGGAGGUUGCUUGGAAUUAAAGGAAGACACCAUUGAAAACCUUCUCGCUGCAGCCUGCCUUCUUCAGCUGCCCCAAGUGGUAGAAGUGUGCUGCCAUUUCCUCAUGAAGCUUUUGCAUCCAUCCAACUGCUUAGGAAUCCGAGCAUUUGCAGAUGCCCAAGGGUGCAUUGAAUUAAUGAAGGUGGCUCACAGCUACACAAUGGAAAACAUAAUGGAAGUUAUAAGAAAUCAAGAGUUUUUACUGCUUCCAGCUGAGGAGCUCCAUAAACUCCUGGCCAGUGAUGAUGUAAAUGUUCCUGAUGAAGAAACCAUCUUCCAUGCAUUAAUGAUGUGGGUGAAGUAUGACAUGCAGAGAAGAUGCAAUGACUUGAGUAUGCUUCUCGCCUUUAUAAGACUGCCACUGCUUCCACCACAGAUAUUGGCUGACCUAGAAAACCACGCAUUAUUUAAGAAUGAUCUGGAAUGUCAAAAGUUGAUUCUGGAAGCAAUGAAAUAUCAUCUAUUGCCAGAAAGAAGAACUUUAAUGCAAAGUCCAAGAACUAAACCUAGAAAAUCUACAGUUGGAACUCUGUAUGCUGUAGGAGGAAUGGAUAACAACAAAGGAGCUACAACCAUAGAGAAAUAUAACCUCAGAACAAAUUUGUGGAUCCAGGCAGGGAUGAUGAAUGGCCGGAGACUGCAGUUUGGUGUGGCUGUUAUUGAUGACAAACUCUUUGUAAUUGGAGGUCGAGAUGGCUUAAAGACAUUGAACACUGUUGAAUGUUACAAUCCCAAAACAAAGACUUGGACUGUCUUACCACCGAUGUCAACACAUCGACAUGGUCUAGGUGUGACCGUACUUGAAGGCCCGAUUUAUGCUGUGGGAGGCCAUGAUGGCUGGAGCUAUCUGAAUACGGUGGAGAGAUGGGAUCCCCAGAGUCAGCAGUGGACUUUUGUUGCAAGUAUGUCAAUUGCCCGAAGCACAGUUGGUGUAGCAGCACUGAAUGGCAAGUUGUACUCAGUUGGAGGCCGUGAUGGAAGUUCGUGUUUGAGUUCAAUGGAGUAUUAUGAUCCUCAUACAAAUAAGUGGAACAUGUGUGCUCCAAUGUGUAAAAGAAGAGGGGGUGUUGGAGUAGCCACAUGUGAUGGUUUCCUUUAUGCAGUAGGAGGUCAUGAUGCUCCUGCUUCAAAUCACUGUUCCCGGCUACUUGAUUACGUAGAAAGAUAUGAUCCCAAAACAGACACAUGGACCACCGUGGCUCCCUUGAGUAUGCCCAGAGAUGCUGUUGGAGUUUGUCUCCUUGGUGACAGAUUAUAUGCUGUUGGUGGCUACGAUGGGCAGACAUACCUCAACACCAUGGAAUCCUAUGAUCCACAAACUAAUGAGUGGACACAGAUGGCUUCCUUGAAUAUUGGGAGAGCAGGUGCCUGUGUAGUAGUCAUCAAGCAACCUUGA